AUGGUCGUGCAGGUAACAGUAGCGGAUUGUGUUCAAUCCCCACAUGAAGUUCUAGUAGGUGAUAUAGAAGAUGAAGGCAUUUUAGGCGUAGAUUUUCUUUCCGCUCACAACUGCGUCACUUCUACCGGCGAUUCGACUCUCUGUUCUGGUUAUCGUAAAAUCAACCUCGAAACGUCUAGGUUUAUUAACUCUUCUGAACAGAAAGAAACCCUCUCGUCUUUGCGCGUUUUAGAACAUGUUUCAGACUCUUUAGUCGUUCCUUCUUAUCUCACGGAACUCUUUACUAGGUCUUCUAGAGAUUUAGAUAUCGCUCAGACUAACAGUCUCGUUUGCCUUUUUAACGAUUUUAAAGAGACUUUUGCUAAAGACUCUGCCGACAUCGGGAGAUGUACCAUAGCUAAGCAUUCGAUAGAUGUAGGGAAUAACGCUCCGAUUAAACAGGCAGCUAGACGGCUUCCUUUAAACGGUCGCAGGGAAGUUGAAAAAUUAGUAGAGGAUAUGAGAACAGCAGAUGUUAUUGAGCCGUCUUCUAGUCCGUGGGCUUCUCCCAUUGUCUUAGUCAAUAAAAAAGAUGGUUCCAAGAGGUUUUGUAUUGAUUAUAGGAAGUUGAACGAGAUCACCAAGAAAGAUGCACAUCCGCUUCCUCAAAUAGGAGAUACCCUUGGUUCUCUACGAUUGAUUUACAGAGUGGUUAUUGGGUUAGGUGGAGUUUGGCAAUUUAAAGUUAUGCCUUUUGGCCUUUGUAAUGCACCAGCUACCUUCGAAAGAGCGAUGGAAUUCACCCUUCAAGGUCUGACUGGCAAGAUUUGUUUAGUUUAUCUCGAUGACAUCAUUGUGUUUGCGGAAGGUGUUAAGACAGAUCCUUCUAAAAUAGAAAAGGUUUUGAAUUGGCCUCGUCCCGAUUCAAAAGCAAAGGUUCAAAGUUUCUUAGGACUUUGUACUUAUUACAGACGUUUCGUUAAGGGCUUUGCUUCUAUAGCGAGACCUCUCCAUGCUCUUACAGGAAUUAAAGUUGUUUUCGAUUGGACUCCCGAAUGCGAAGGAGCCUUUGUUCUCCUUAAAAAAUUAUUAACUUCGUCACCGAUAUUAGCUUAUCCCAUCACCGAUUCUCAAUUCAUCGUAGAUUCUGACGCUUCUCUCUGUGACAAUGCUUCCUUAACUUGGCUUCUUUCGUUCAAAUCACCUGAAGGCCAAGUAGCUCGAUGGUUGGAGAGGUUAGGUCAAUAUGACUUCGAAAUUAAACACCGUCCCGGAGUUCUGCAUGGCAAUGCUGAUGCACUUUCUCGUCGUCCGUGCGGGGACGAUUGCAAACAGUGCUCUCGUUUAAAUAAACAGCUAGAUCCCUCGCUUAACGUUCGUCAAAUUUCUCUCGUUGAAAAUAAAGAAGACUGGAUCAUCGCCCAGGGAAAAGAUUCAGAUCUCCUCCUGGUUCGGAAUUGGAAAUCCACAGGAGUUAGGCCUCAGUGGGAAGAAAUAUCUUCUAUGAGUCAGUCUUUGAAAAUUUACUGGGCGCAGUGGGACUCCUUGUUUCUCCUCGAUCAGUUGCUUUAUAGGAAAUGGGAAUCACCUGACUCCAGGUCGGUACGUUGGCAGCUUCUGGUUCCUAGAGAAAAGAUAACUGAGAUUUUAUCAAGCUUUCAUGAUUCACCUGUUGGUGGCCAUUUCGCUUCUAAUAAGACUUCAGCUAUGAUGUUGACGGGUCGGGAUCUUCGACUACCGUCAGAUUUAGAAAAGAGCGUCAAUCCUUCCGUGACUUCGUCCCAGGUGUAUUUUAAUUCCGUUUUCCGUCAAAAGUUGGACGAGGUUCAUGAAUUUGCUAGGGAAAGAAUUCGUAUGGUCUCCGAUAAGACUAAGGAUCGUUAUGAUAUUAGAGCUAGAAAUUUACAAUUUGAGAAGGGAGAUUCCGUUUGGUUAUUUCAACCUCGGCGGCAACAAGGGCGUUGUCCCAAACUCCAAAGUAAUUGGGAAGGUCCUUAUUUUAUUGUUGACCGGAUUAACGACGUUGUUUUUAGAAUUAGACGUUCCCCUCGUUCGAAAUCUAAAGUCGUUCAUCUGGAUCGUUUAGCUCCUUAUCAGUCAAGAGCAUCGUUUCAGUAG